UAUAUAUAUAUAGUAUAUCUACAUAUUGUUCUGUGAUACUUGCCCUUUGAACUUUUGUCGAGUAUGAGUGUUGUGUGGCUGUAUGUCAGCUACUCGAGCAAUAUUAAUGCACGACGCGGAGGCAAAGAACACAAAAUCCUUUAAUACACAGUAAGUAUGGGAGAAUUUUCCACAUUUAUAUUACAAAUUAUAAUGACACAUUUAUGCAUUUAAAAAGACCGCGGCAACACCAAAGUCCCCCGCCACCGCCAGAGCAAAAAAUCUCCCUCCAUGCCCCAAUAUUAUCCAGUCAAAAGCCAUAGUUGGCAGCCCUCAAUAAAAGUGGAUGUGUGUCUUUCACAUAGACUGUAUAAAAUAUGGACGUAGUGUCCGUGACGUCACCCGUAGGUUUGUGAAGAGUAAAAAAUGAAGCCUAAAGUAGGCGGAGGCGCUCGUCGCCAUCUUGGCAUCGCGCGUCACUCCCGGAUCAUCGAAAAUGGUCAAAAAGGCGGGACGUGGUGAGAGCUGAGGCGCCUGGUUUGCUGAAACCACUUGUCACUCAAGUGGCCACGCACCUAAUUUGCAGAAUUUUAAGGCUUCAUAUAAGUUAAACGGGUGAGUUAUAAAAAAAAUUCACCCUCCUCACAGAUGUCAUGAAGGGUAAAAUUAGCUUUCUAGACCAAAAUAUUUUUUUACCAGGCUGCAAACAUGAUUUUUUUUCUGCUGUAAAGUUGCCCAUUUUAACAUGGGGAUCAAUGAGAUUCUGCUCUCUUUUGGAGCCAGUCUCUAGCGGCAAGUCGAUAAAUUGCAAUUAAAGUCACUUCCGCGUUGGCUUCACGAGAGAGACCGGAAGGUUGCCCCUCGGGUCUUUCACCAUGAAAGGCCCUGUCCCAAAAUGCACUCCCAUGUACCCUUAUGGACUCGUGCCUAGUGCCCUAUAGGUCUGCACUUCCUGACGUCACCAAGUGUGGACUCGGAGGAGGUCCACAAGACCGGAGUGUGCCAUUUGGGACAGGGCCAAAGUAACCCAAAAAGGAGCCCAGACAUCAGGAAUCGCCCCGCCUCCAAAGUCUUUUUAAGUCUGCAACACCAAAUACCGAGCGACCGUUUAGCAGGCGAGGUCUCGAGGAUACUUUUCUUUUGUUGUCGUCUAAGUUUGGAACUGUUUUGCAUCACCAACGCACGCGUGUUUUAUGCGCCAUAGUUUUGGGGUUGAAAUAAACGCCACUGCAGCUGCAAAACGAGAAAACGCACCCGGGAACAGCUUUCCUCCGUGCAGAUACAGACAUGAUGGAAGAGAACGAGGAUCGUGAAGAGCUGAGUGAAGUGGAGGAUGAACGUCAUGUCAAACCCAGAGAAAAGGCUAAAAAGACCCUUUUGAAGAAAGGAAGAGUGAAGAAAUGUGUCACCUGCACUCAGUGUGGAAAGACUAUCAAAGGAAAACUUAAUCUUGAGCUGCACAUGAGAGUCCACACAGGAGAGAAGCCGUUCACGUGCGGUCAGUGUGGGAUGAACUUCACACAGAAAUCUAAUCUUACUAAACACAUGAUACUCCACACUGGAGAGAAGAUGCAUACGUGUGACCAGUGUGGGAAGAGCUUCAUGCACAAAAACAAUCUGGCCGUUCACAUGAGGGUUCACACCGGAGAGAAGCCGUUCGCGUGCGAUCAGUGUGAAAAGAGAUUCUCCAACAAACCAAGUCUUGACCUUCACAUGAGAGUUCACACCGGCGAGAAGCCGUACGUGUGCGAUCAGUGUUGGAAGAGAUUCACGCAAGCGGUACACCUUAAAACGCACAUGAUGAGCCACACCGGAAAGAAGCCGUUCACGUGCGACCAAUGUGGGAAGAGUUUCUUGGAUUUAUUACGCCUUAACAGUCACAUAAGAGUUCACACGGGAGAGAAGCCGUUCGCGUGUCUUCAGUGUGACAAGAGCUUCGCAUACAAAGAUAGUCUUGUGUUACACAUGAAAAUCCACACCGGAGUGAAGCCGUUCGCAUGCGAUCAGUGUGGAAAGAGUUUCAGGGAUUCGUCAAAACUUAAAAGACACGUGAGAACCCACAGCGGAGUGAAGUCGUUCGCAUGCGAUCGGUGCGAGAAGAGGUACAUGGAUGCAGGAGACCUGAAGAGACACACGAGGACACACACCGGAGAGAGGCCGUACACGUGCGGUCAGUGCGCAAAGAGUUUCACAGACUCUGUGUACCUUAAGAGACACAUGAGAGUCCACACCGGAGAAAAGCCCUUCGUGUGUGGUCAGUGUCAGAAGACAUUUUCACUUAAACAAAGACUUAAAGUUCACAUGAGAGUUCAUACGAAAGAGACGCCCUUCACGUGUGACCAGUGCGGAAAGAGUUUCUCCAUCAAAGCGAGUCUCAAGUAUCACAUGAAAGUUCAUACCGGAGAGAAGUCGUUCAAGUGUGAUCAGUGCGAGAAGACGUUCGUGAGCAAGAAAAAUCUUAAGCUUCAUGCGAGGAUCCACACCGGAGAGAAGCCGUUCACGUGCGACCAGUGUGGGAAAACGUUUGUCUAUAUUCAGAACUUGAAGAAACACCUGACGGUUCAUUCGAAGGAGAAGCCGCACGCGUGUUCCGAAUGUGGAAAGAGUUUUUCGCUGCCGCAAACUUUACGGAUUCAUCAGAAAACUCACACCAGUGUGAGAGAUCAUAUGUGCUUUGAGUGCGGGAAGACGUUUAUUACGGUCAACUGUUUAAAACAGCACCAGAGAGUUCACACCGGAGAGAAACCUUACAAGUGUUCGUACUGUGACAAGACAUUCAGUCAGUUGUCAAAGAUGAGAGCGCACGAGAAGAUCCACAGCAAAGAGAAGCCGCUCGCGUGCGUGUGAAAGAGAUUCGCUGGGAAAGGAUUCAUGCAGUGGAACUCCAUUUAGAACCUUUCCAUGUAUUGUUAACUUUUGUUAAAGUUUUCUUAGUGAAAAUCCAAUCAGCUUUCACAUGCAAAACACCAUGUUGGAAGACAAAGACAAUUCACUUUGAUCCAGAUAAGUAUAAUUGAUCAUGAUCGAUUAAAUUAAUCCCAAUUUGGGUUUGGAGAAUAUGUGACAUGACUGUGAUCAAAGCUCAUGAUAAUACUGUUCCUCAUCGAAUCCUCUACAUACAUGUGUGAUACGUUUUGAAUAAACAAAUGAUUUAAUGCAACACAUAAAUGAUUCAAUAUAUAAGUAGAUGAAUCACUGUAUUUGUAUGUCAUUAUGUCACAAUCAGCAUAUUCUUUGAAUAAAGAAAGUUACACUAAGUGCACUUUUUGGGUGUUUCAGAACAGAAAUAUGUAAGCCAGUGGUGUCUGUCUGUGAAAAGCAGCAGCUCGGGACUUUCCAGAAUUUACUGGUCACCAUGAGCGCGGUCUCAGCUCAGUGAGUUUUGUCAGUUUUGAUUACUAUGAAACAUGUAUUGUUUCAUCAUGUAUUCCUCUGAUGGCACGUACACCACUCACACUCAUUAUUUUAUUUAUAGCACGUCACGAACACUGGUUUAUUCAUUAUUACUUUUUCUAAACAAACUCACGGGCACUGGGUUGCACAAUAUUACACUUAACCAUGAGCUUAUUGUUACGUUAAACCAUAAAACUGUAGUAAGUCAUAUACCGUCUGAUAAGCCAAAGAAAGUUGUCUGGUAAAGAGGAUAACAUUAACAUAGUGAGAGUGAGAGAGACAGAGAGAGUGAGAGAGAGAGAGAGAGAGAGAGAGAGAGAGAGAGAGAGAGAGAGA